UGUGAUUUCUUAUUAUUUUAAUUAGUAGGUACAUGAUGUUGAAUAAUUCCCAAAGUUUUAAUUAGUUUAAUGUCUGCAAAAAGUUGAAAUCGACAUUUCCCCCCGCAGAUCAUGACCCCAAAAUCAAUCAAACGACCCCGGGAAAGCUACCAAUCGAUGGUGAUAACACCGUCUCAAGCUCAAAAGCAGCUCUUGUUUUCCGAUACGAUCAGCGACGGCGACUCGAUGGAUUCGGACGUCGAAGUUAUUCAUUUUGAUCCGGACUGUAUCCUGGAAGACCCGGACCUAGACGAAGAGGAAGACGAAUUCGAAGAAUGGGAGUCGUUGGAAUCUUGCAUGGAUGAGGAGGUGGAGGUGGAGGAGUUCCUUGAUGCUACCCAGGGGAUGGAGACGGACAGUUUAGACGAAUCGACCUCGUCUGAUGUGAGCAUAGAUCCUGAUUGUUUUUUCACCGACGAUGAGGAAGCAAUGGAGGAGUACUUGAUAUAUAAGCAAGCGCGAAGGCAACAGAAACAGGCGUUGCGACGCAUGAAGCAGCUGGAGGAGGAAGAAUUCGAUGUUAUAGAUGAGAUCAACAUUCGUUACUUGAUUAGUGGUGUUCCGUCGAAGAAACCAUGCACCAUGACCAGCGCUGCUGGUCGGGCGGCUCACAUGAACAUGAGAAGGAUUGUGAUGCCGGCGCGGGAAAUGCUAAGAAACUAUUUCCGCAGUUCGGAACGGAACCGGAUGCAACGGGCUAAGGAAAAUGCCUACGUGAGCAAGAUCUUGGCUGCUAGAGGUAAGGUUAAAGCGGUUCGAAAUGUGUUGUCCGAGAAGAAUUGAAACUUGACUAAUGCUGGAACCAGCUGCAUUAAUUUUCGUUUUUACUGAGGAGUUUGAUAUUACCGUUAGAGAAUUUUAUGUUUUGCUAGGAAGAAUAAAAUUAAACUGCGCAAUCAGUUUAGAAGUUGAAAGCUUAC